AUGGCGAAUCUUUACGAUCCGAUCCAAACACCCUUAGUGUUGUACUACGCUAAAAAACACGCAUCGCCGAAGAUGAUAAUCACGCUCAUGCUGCUGGUGUUUUCGACAGUUUCCGCAUGCGAUUUGAAAACCAAAGUCAUCUCUGAAACUCAUCAUCCGAUGUGGGCCCAGUUCACUUUUCACAAUGAAACGACUAGCCCAGUCUACACUUUCACAAGAGAAGGCCAGAACUACACGCUUCACAUCACAGGAUUAUUCUGCAACUUGAAGCCUACCGUUUUGAAAGCGUAUAAAGAAGCUCCAGGCCCCGGUGUCAAACCGGUCGGGCAGACAUCCGCGUUUAUAGAAGGAAUGGGAAUGCUCGAUUACUUGGUCUACUGGAACUUUCCGCCACGCAUGGGAAUGAGAGCCGGAGUUUCAUGUGGAUUUGGUGAUUGCGGGUCGAGAGGAUAA